CUCUUGCUCUGUCCUGUCUGUUGAUUGAAACCAGAGCCUGCCUGCCAAGGGAGUGUGAGAAGAGGGCGGGGAGAGGAGGGUAGCUCAUGCUGCUGGAGUUAUUAGUGUUCGGCUCUGAGUGGAAACUAGAGGAUCGGGACGUGGGGCUCCAUCUGCACCCAGCUCACACUUCCAAGUGGGUCAGAAGAGACUUGGUGCCCUGUUCCUUGCAGGGAAGAAGAGGCACCCAGAGAUAAUUUGCAGGAUGUUGCUACUGCUGGUGAUGGGUCUGGCUUGGUCCUUCCAUGGAGCCUCCUGCUUGCCGCAUCCCACUGGACUCACAUGGGCAGAAGAGGGUGCAGAAGGACAGUGUCAGUGUGUGCCACAGCUGUGCCCUAGAGCCACAACCUGCCCAGCAGGCUUGGUGCGUGACCACUGUGGCUGCUGCCUGGAGUGCGGGAAUGCUGAGGGGCAGCUCUGCGACCUGGAUGGCAGCGGCACCUUCUAUGGGCGGUGCGGAGAGAAUCUGGAGUGCCAGCUGGACAUCCAGGAGCUAGGCUAUGGGGGGAUCCCCGAGCCACAAUGUGUGUGCAGGUCCCAGGCGGCCGUGUGUGGCUCCGAUCACAUCACCUACCAGAACAUCUGCAAGUUCCAGGAGGCCGUGCGUGAGAGAGAGGGGCGGAACCUCAGCAUCACCAGCGAUGGGCCCUGCCUAGCAGUUCCCCAGAUCAAGCACCAUCCCCAAGACCAGGUGAAUAUGUCGGGCCAUGAUGUGAUCUUCAUGUGUGAGGUCUUUGCCUACCCCAUGGCCCUCGUGGAAUGGAGGAAGGAUGAACAAGAAUUUGCCCUACCUGGAGAUGAUCCUCACAUCUCCAUCCAGUCCAGAGGUGGCCCUUUGAAAUACGAGCUGUCCAGCUGGCUGCAGAUUGAAGGGGUGAGGAAGGCGGACAGAGGCACCUACUUCUGCAUUGCACACAACAAGCUGGGCAAUGCCACUGCCAAAGCUACUCUUCUUGUCGUCAGUGCAGAAGCUGCUCCCCCUGCUCUGUUUAGCUCCCCAGUGAACCCAGGAGAAGAGGCUCCCACAGCCAGCGAGGAAGAGGAGGAUUCCUCUGAUUAUUACUAACGUGGUGCCAUCCCUGCCCCCGGCUGACUGACCCUGCUGCAGAAAUCAGAAUGGGCCGCGACAGGACAGGGGAAGCAGAUGAGCCUGGAGGGCAGGGCUUUUCCAGCUUCCUCUGGCUGGUGCUGAGAUGCCCUGGA